ACAAAAGAGUCUCGCCGGCGUCCCCGCCCGCACACUCGCGCACACUCGCGCUCGGGCGCACACGGAACUGGCACGGGCGCCCGGAGCGAGCCAGCGAGCGGCGAGCCGGGGACCCCCCGCGCGGAGCCAGCCAAGGAGCCAGCGAGCCGCGCCCGCGACGACCUCCGCCCCCCGAGUCCCGCAGCCGCCCCCCGCCGGCCGGUGUCCCCGCCGUCCUCCCUGACCCAUGGCGCUGAAGCGGAUUCAGAAAGAAUUAAGUGAUCUACAGCGUGACCCACCCGCUCACUGCUCCGCCGGACCUGUGGGAGACGACUUGUUCCACUGGCAAGCAACUAUUAUGGGACCUCCUGAUAGCGCAUAUCAAGGCGGAGUCUUCUUUCUCACUGUACAUUUUCCAACAGACUAUCCUUUUAAACCACCAAAGAUUGCUUUCACAACAAAAAUUUAUCAUCCAAACAUAAACAGUAAUGGAAGUAUUUGUCUUGAUAUCCUGAGGUCACAAUGGUCACCAGCUCUGACUGUAUCAAAAGUUUUAUUGUCCAUAUGUUCUCUACUUUGUGAUCCUAAUCCAGAUGACCCCUUAGUACCAGAUAUUGCACAAAUCUAUAAAUCAGACAAAGAAAAGCGAAGUCACGUUGAACCAAUAAUUGGUAUAAGUAUGAUUACUGCAAAUACAACAGACACGCAAGAGAAUGGACUCAGAAAUAUGCAAUGUAAAAUAAAAAUAAAUUUCAUAUAUACCAGAGUACUGUAAAAUCUAGGUUUUUUUCAAUAUUAACAGUAAAUUGAGCACUGUUUACUGUUUCAUUGUAUCAUGAAAUCUUUUGAUUUUUAUCCAUUUUAAAUGUAUUUCUGAAGCAAGACUAAACAAACUUCCAAAAAUACCCUUAAGACUGUGAUGAAAGUCUUUUUGUAUGCAUUGAGAAAGACAUUUAUUAUGGAUUUUAAGAUACUUGGACAUCUGCAUCUUCAGCUUACAAGAUCUACAAAACAUCUGAAAAGUAACCAAAUUAUUUUUUGCUGAAAUUAGAUGUUUUUACAUGAGAAAUACUGUAUGUGUUGUCUGUGUCGUCAGUUUUAUAAAUCUAUUCAGAUUUCAUUCUUUGUUAGCUCACUUUAUAAUUUGUAUUUUUUUACUGUAUAGACUAAAUAUAUUCUAUUUACAUGUAUGUCAACUCAUUACUUUUUUCCUGUGAACAGUAUUGAAAAAAACCGAACAGCUGAUAAUUAAAUGAAUUAACUGUCUGUCUCCCUUGUCUUAGGGUUUUCUGUGUAGAUCAAUUGCAGAUUUCUUAAACCUGAAUGAUCUUUACACUGUAAUUCUCAGUAUACUGAUUAUGGAGAAACACUUGUUUUGAUUUUGUUAUACUUGACUUAACUUUAUUGCAAUGUGAAUUAAUUGCACUGCUAAGUAGGAAGAUGUGUAACUUUUAUUUGUUGUUAUUCACAUUUGAAUUUUUUUCUGUAUAGGCAAUAUUAUAAUGACACCUUUUACAGAUCUUAAUGUAGCUUUUCCAUAUAAAUAAAAUGCUUUUUCUACUACUUGUCUUGAUUACUUAAAAAGAUAAAAUAAUACUUUAUAAGUAAAGGAUCAAAACUCUGUUAAAUUUUGCAUGAAAAUUAAUUCCAAAUUGUGAGACUAAGGUCUGUUGAUUUGGCUAAUUAACCACCAUUAGUUAUAUAAAUUUUAUUGCUUUAGCUUUUUAUCUGUUCACUAAAUUGUCAGUCUAAAGGUGAUAUAGAUUGGUCCCUUGUUAUAGAAGAGAAUUUAAAAUAAGUUAGGGUUUGUCUUGGAUCACAACUAAAAUGGAUUAAUUACUGAAGUACUAAGAUGUGUGUGUAUAAGAUAGUGUCACCCACACUGAAGAAAAAUCUGUAUAGACCUGAAGAAUAAGUAGGUUAAUUCAUUAAAAUACCACUCUAGAUGUAACUGACAUUGCAUUUCUUCACAUUUUAAAAUUAUAAUUUCCAAAAUAGAAUUUUAGUGCCAUCCACUUUGAAAAAGAGCAUCCUUUUUUUUUCUUUUUCUUUUUUACUAUAGAAAUUAGGGCAAAAAUUCUAAAAUGAUGCUUCUCCUGGCUUUAUAAAUUGCCAGUAAAAAGUAGUUAAAUAAGCAGGUUAUCUUUGCAGAUAUUAAAGAAAGCUUGAAAGUAUUUUAACUUGGGAAAAAUACACCUCUAAUUAUUAGCAUGUUUACUAAACUUGGGUGAGUGUCAUUUUUAAGAAGAGUGAUAGCUCUUCUGAUUAUGCGGUAGCUAUAUAAGUGUGCAAGAAUCUGUGACGGAUGUAGUCAUUAGCAAGACAUUUAAAUCACUGAAGUAUUUUACCAUGGUUCAUUAUUAUUAAAACACAGAAUAACCCGUUGUUAGAAAGUGUGUUUUUAUAAAUGAAUGUAAAAUAUUUAAAUGAAUUGUGAAAUGGAUGUUUAAGAAAAUAUAGGUUUAAAAGUAAUUAUAUUAAGUGAUGUCUUGAAACAGGCAUAUUAUGAAGAACACUCCCAGUUAUAUUAUUAUAA